AAUAAUCUGAUCAAACAUAUUUAAUUUGUCAACUUUAUGGAGUUAUAGUUGGACACAUUUUAUCUUAAUAUUUAUUCAAUUGCAUUUCGAGAAAAAGGAUUCAUUUGGUGAAAACGGAUCAAGGAAAAACUACGUCGAAUUUCAAAGUUCAUUACAAGAUAAACCACAAAACCUUAGGUCAGACACAAAGCACACGAAGACAGAUGUACAUUUUUGACUCGAUAAAUUACCUCGCCUUUUAAAAUACAGGCAUUUUGAUGCAAUUUAAAUUCAAUUAUUCAAUUCAGGUUUGUUUAUCGAAAAAGGAUCCUUUGGCGUGCUGUAGAAAUUAUAGAAUUGUUGACACUUUUUGUGAAGAGUGCCCUCCUGGUAGUUUUGGAAUAGACUGUCUGGACAAAUGCCCUCCACAAUUCUAUGGAAGAUUCUGCAGAGAGAAGUGUUUAUGUGAUCCGUGUGAUAAAAUUACUGGAUGUUUGAAAGUUACAACAAUGAACACCAUUCGUGUGUCUAAAGAGGACGGAUUAUGUGUAAAUGUAUCAAAUGGAGAGGCACUCGAAUGCUGUCCUAAUUAUCAAAAUGCUGGUUACUCAUGCGACGUUAUCGAUCGAAUGAGGAACUGUUCAGUUGAUACAUGUAACAGUCAGAUGAGUUAUCACCGUGUUAAAAUAUUGACCGUGUCAUCUGUUAGUUUUGCAGUUUGUCUCAUUUCAAGCCUUGUCAUCAUCUGCAUACUUCGAAAAAGAAAAAAGUCUGCAAAAGCUGUGGUUCAAAAACAGCAUCUACAUUGGAUCUAACAAAGUGUGACCAUGUCAAGAUCAAUGGACACGUCGCUACUUUGAUGCACAAACUUCAUUAGAUGACUAAUGUCAGACGUCCAAAUAGUUGUAGAAAAGAUUGCCUUACUUUAGAAGCUUUGAUGUGUCUUUUGUGCACCCUACAGAUCGGCAAUAAAAAUUAUUAUCCGUUUUACACCCUCGUUUAAACAAGUAUCUUAAUAAUAAAAAAGCUAUCAUACCAUCAAACAACCUUUGUCUUAAUAAACUUUAUAUAGGUUAAAAUGGUAACUUUUUUUCGUACAAUUGUUAGAUUGAGAUAUUAUCUUCACUUCUUCAUUUCAUGUGGUUGUACACACACUUCAGGUGCACCCCUACCCAACCCCACCCCCCCCCCCACCCCAAACAUUUUUCAUGGGUGUGAAUUCACCAUAGCAGAUAUAUAUUGUUUCAGAUAGAGAAUGCGGCGUGCAAAGAGUAAAACUUAAUGAUAUAAAAAUAUACAAAUCCACCCCAACCCACCAAAUCCCGAAUCCCCGAUUCCAAAGAUAGUACAUGCAUUCAAAGACACCGCUGGUGUGCUGUCCUACAUAGCUUUUCUUCUUGGUUUUAUGUAAUCCCUAAAAUGUUGGUAGAUGUAUCUACCUACAAUAUAUUUUUUCACGUUUUUUUAUUUAACGUAUUGAGAAUUUUUAAUUCGUAUAUGUAAUUUUUACUUCCUUGUUGGAUAAACCAAAGUGUUUUUUAAGAAACAAAAUAUACCAUUAUUUCAUGUUAUAUUUUUAUGUUUUAAUAGCAAUAAUAAAAGAUUUUAUGAUGAAAAACUAAACACAAUAUUCUGAAAUCUCAAUAAAUACAUUCUUUCAAAUUGAUUUUAAUGAGCAAGAAAAAUGUUUCAAUAAACUGUGCCUCCUGUCUUAUACCAUUCAUUUUUUAAUCAAAUAUCGUUAAAAUAAGAAUAGACACCAAGGGAAAAAACACUUUAAAUAUAGUAUUCUGUAUUACCAUUUAAACAUGUUUCUCCACAUUGUCGUUCCGCUCACUGUGACAUUAAUUACAUGUCAGUGUGUUUUGUUUUAUUUUUUUCUGGUAAAUAUUUUCGCAUUAUUUACAGUCAUCAAUAUACACACUCGAUCAAUUCUAAGGUUUUAAAAGUGCUUUAAAGCAACAUGUAAACUAAAUAUAAAAUAUAGAUUUUUCUUUACUUUUUUAGAUAUUUUUGAAAUGUUCAUAAAGAUUUUAUCAAACGGUAGCUGUAUUUCAGCAUCAUUAACUACAUGUAUAUUUUGCAAAGUUAAAGCAUGUUUCUAAGGAACACAAUUUUUAUAUAUUUAUAUUCACAUAAAAACAUUUUAGUAGACUUUAGACUCUGUAUCGUCAUUCAUUUGUAUUAAAGAGUCACUUAUUUUAUGUUUAGAUAAAUCAAAUUUGUAUAAUUUAUCUCUG